AUGCGUCAGCGUGGGCCCACAGCCACAGCUUUGUCUCCUGGAUUAUAUCUCGACGGUCAUUCAAAUCGUGUUCCGUGUACUGAUAAUUCCGUUUCGUUGACGCCACCUGUGGAUGUUUACGCAACCACCAUUCCAUCUAAACUCGCUGCCAUUUCUCCAGUGCUUUCACGUAUCCAAUCCCCACAUCCGCUAUUACUCGAUCAUCACAUGACAUCCGAUUUAAAGAAACAGAAACCAGAACUCUCGGCGCGCACCGGUGCUGUACAGCUACAUUCGAAAUUGCAUCGAAAACAUCAUAAAAACAGACGUAUUGGAUUGCAUCAGAAUAACGGGGAUGUGGGUCGAAGUUUGCACUCAUUGAAAGUAACUAUUCGUCGGACCAGUCAGUCACACAAAAUCGAUUCCACACAAGUCAAACCGGGCACUCUCGGUGGAGGACUUGUAAACGCAACGGUGGCAAAUUCUUCACCAAAACCUACCGCUCACCAAGAUUCAUCCUGUCCACCCGGAUCUAAUGUGUCAUGUGAUGUUCCGACGCGUAACAUGGAUAAUAUUCUUCCCGGACGGACGGUCGCAGGCAUAACACAACCGUAUUCUAGUCCACGUACAUCCGGUGUUUCCACGGUAGGUUUGUGA